CGUCACCCAGCCUGCACUGGGACAGCUAAGCAGGCUCAGACUGGGAGGGACAUUCUGGGGGACAAUCCCCUACUUUGCACUGGCACACAGGAGGAAAAGGGCCGUAGGCAGAUCAUAGAGUAGGUAGAUAUUGUGUCUGAUAGAACAGAGAUUAAAUAUAUCAGGAGGAGUGAGGGGACCAGUUCAUUCUGGAGGUAAGAAUAUCACUGGAGAAAGUUUUUAUACUAGGAAAGAGAGAGUUAAUUCGUCUGCCAGGAGACAGGAACAGGGGACUCCAUACCCACAGAGAAAGAAAGUUUAAUUGGGAGAGAGAGUUUAACUGAUCCGGGACAGGAAAGAGAAAAGAUUCACUGCAGAGUUUUACCAGGUAACAGAGAGAAUUUCUUGGGAGAAACCAAGAGAACUCCCCAAGCCUUCCCUCCUCUUCAAAACUGCACUGAUUAAUUUGCCUCGGGGAAGUUCUUGGAGCAAUGAAUAUAUUCCGGAUCCUGGGAGAUGUCUCCCAUUUGCUGGCUAUGAUCAUAUUACUGGUCAAAAUCUGGAGAUCCAAGUCCUGUGCUGGUAUCUCCGGGAAGAGCCAGAUCCUUUUCACUCUUGUCUUCACGACCCGCUAUCUUGACCUGUUCACCACCUUCAUCUCACUCUAUAACACCGUGAUGAAGGUCAUUUUCUUGGUGUGCGCCUACAUCACAGUGUAUAUGAUCUACGUGAAGUUCCAGAAAACAUUUGACAGAGAGCAUGACUCUUUCCGUCUGGAAUUCCUCUUGGUCCCCGUCACAGGCUUGUCAUUUCUGGAGAACCACAGCUUUACCCCCUUAGAGAUCCUCUGGACCUUCUCCAUCUACCUGGAAUCAGUGGCCAUCCUUCCUCAGCUCUUCAUGAUCAGUAAGACAGGGGAGGCAGAGACCAUCACGACCCACUACCUCUUCUUCCUGGGUCUCUAUCGUGCGCUCUACCUUGCCAACUGGAUCUGGCGCUACCACACAGAGAAUUUCUAUGACCAGAUUGCCGUGGUUUCUGGGGUGGUACAGACCAUCUUCUACUGUGAUUUCUUCUAUCUCUACGUCACUAAAGUCCUGAAGGGAAAGAAGCUAAGUCUCCCAAUGCCCGUCUGAAAACAGCACCACACAAGAAGUUCCUGCAGAUGCAGUUCCAAGAUCACAGCUUUCUUCUUCUGCCCCACAUUGACAAAAAUGGCAUCUCAACUCAGCGCCAGUAAGAGAGUGUGGCUUGGAUGGCUGAUAAGCUCUUGAUCUGCGUAGGGCUUUUCCUUAAAUGUGUGCUAGUGUUUUUUUCUUAAGUGAAUUUUGUACUGGUGAAUGGUUCUGGCUAGUGACUGAAGUCCUCUAUUCUCAUAGUAGAUACAGAAGUGCAAGCUUUAUUCUCUCUUCUCUUUUCCUCCCCCCACCCACUUCCAAAAUCUGCCUUAAUCCUGACCCUAAGGGAUCACCUCAAGGAGUGAAAAGUUUGGUUUCCACAGCCUAUUUUUUAGUCUUUCAAAGACUGCCAGCUGUAAAACAGUUGCUCAGUUCUUAGCAAACAGGUACCCAAAACACCAAAAACCACCAGUCGAUUUCAUAUUGGGAAAACAGUGGCAGACAGACCACUUACAAUUACUGUCAUGUGUUUGCAGUGGUCUUGCAGCCAUGUGAUUACUGCCACUUAAGCCAAUAUGAACUGGUAAUCAAAGAGGUGCAAUUCCCCAUAUCCCAGUCUAUCCAGGCCCUGUAAUAUUUUUAAGGGAACAUCUUUCCAUUAAAAUGGCAAGGAUUACAUCUGAAGACCUUUCAAUAUUGUAAAUAUUCAAACAUUCUGCUCUACUCAACCCCUUUCGAUCACAGUCCCUGAUGUUCUGAUAGCAUUUUUAUUAAAAUAUAUUUGGUUGCUGACA